CAGAGCGACAGCAGGGACAGCACCGGCUCCUUAACCUGCUGAGCCACCAGGCAGCUCCUCCAGAAAUGUGGAUGUAAGAUUAAUUAGGGGUUUCCGUUUGUAUUUCCAACACCAUUUUCCUACAUAGACGUAUCCCUACUGGGCGUGUUGCAUACGUUGUCUAUGCGUUGGGGUUAUUUUGCUUGCUCGGUGUUCAAAAAGAGAAAAGUGAAAUGGCCUGUGCCUGGUCUCUUGGAGUGCCAGCAACAGAGAAGCCGCACCAGAAGAAAGGAUUUCCAUAUUUUAAGAAGUAGUAUUACACCAGCUCCCUCUGGGAAGGGAGUCUCCUGCCUAGAACUUGUUGGCAUUCGAUUAACUGUUUUGUGAGUGGUCGUGUCAGGGAAACAGUGGUUUUACUGUUUUUAGUUGAAUAUUGGCGACAUUGCACAUUGUACUUGUCAUUGCAUGAAAUGGGUAAGUAAAACGGCAGAUCCUAGGGAUCCCUUUUCUUUAUCCGGCAUGUGGGUGCGAUGCAGGCUCAAAAUGCGAACGUUCGGUUUAGGCGGGGCCGACGUGCAGCCUGAGAAACUGUAAUGUUUAUGAAGUGGGGGGUCGAGGUGCCAAGAGGAAAUCUGUGCUUUGUUAGAAGAUUAUGUAUGCAUCUAGGUAGUAGGUAGAGCCAAAGGACGUAUAAGGUGGUGAAUGCGAAUGAAAACAGGUGAGUCCUUUAAGAGGGAGAGAUCGGUGUGGUGAACAGUGCUGGGACCUUUGUAUUUUAACAGACCUGGGUGAACAUUGGUCGCGACCACUCCCCAGUGGUUGUGACCUUGAGUGGGAGUAGGCUUACCCUCUCUGAUCCUCAGUUACCUCAUCUGAAGAUAGGGACACUAAUAUUAUGUAUGAUUGCACCCCCGCCCUCCAGGCGGAGCUUGCCUGACCACCUGGCUUCCAGGGUUCUGGGCUGUGUCCCAGGGCCCGCCGUCUCCCACCAGCCCGGGCUCUCAUCACGCCGGCUUCCCUGUUGUCUUCAGUUCAGCUCCCUGCCCACCAGACUGUGAGCUCCUCCAGGCCCAUCUUCCUGCAUGAAACGAGCCUGUGCGCACAAAGUCUGCCAAAGCACGGAUCCCGGAGCCUGGUGCCCCACAGAUGCUCUAACACGUUGACCUCUGUCGUCCUGUGAGUGAUGAUGGCACGAGUAACACGGGGUGCACACAGAGAGCGGUGUAGCUGCUGUGCUAGGGUCAGGCCCUUUGUUGGAAACAACACAUCGGAAAGAGUGUCUAGAGCACAUCUCUCAGGAGGCGUGACUGCUGAAUCCACUUUCUCCCCACACACAACGUCCAGUGAUGUGCACCCAGCAAGCGCCCGUGGGAUCCUUCUGAACGGAAGAAAUUCUGCUCUCUGUCAGCCUGUGCUGUUAGGUGUCCCCAGGAAACCCACGCGUCUUCUGCGGACAGACCUGGCUCGAGAACAGGUACGUUUAUUGGAUUCCGAACUUGUGGUCGCAUCAGGGAGCGCGGCAGCUCACCUGACCCUGCCAGGCUUGUCUCCCAGCCGGAGGGUCGAAGGAAGGGCUUUUCCUCCUGAAGGUCAAAGGUCUAAAUUCAGACAGUCAUUUGGGGUGUGUUUAGCAAGGGUAACGUGGCAUUCCACGUUUAUUGACCCUUUACCAGGUAUCAGGCAGUAUUCUCCAUGUGUCUCUCUAUCCCCUGAUCUAAUCCCCUCUCACAGACCCCUCGUUUUGCAAGGUUUCCGUGCUCAUUGCCAAGGCGAGAAAGUGGAAUACGGAGAGGUUGGGGGACCCGCUCUGAGUCACACAGGCCAUCAGAGGAGGAGGGACACCCAGACGUAUGCAUCCAGGACUCAGAGCCCACACACUUGACUUUUGAAGUUAAAGUUGACAUGGGGUACUAUAUUCCUUUUAGGUGCACAGAAAGGUGCACAGUGUGUUUAUACAUUAUGAAAUGAGGACCACGAUGAGUAUGGCCACCAUCUGUCACCAUGCAGACUUAUCACAAUAUUGUGGACUCUCUCUCCCGCAUUGUAUGUUCCGUUCCCCUGAUUUAUGUAGUUUAUGACUGGAAGUCUGUAUCUCUUAACCCCCUUCCCCUCUGGCAGCCACCGGUUAGUUAGAUAUGGAAGUACCUCUGACUCUGUUUCCGCUUUGUUCUCUGUGUUCGCUUGAUUUAUUUUUGAGGUUCCAUAUGGAAGUGUAAUCAUGUGCUAUAUGGCUUUCCUCCCUGUCUGACUUAUUUCCCUUAGCAUAAUGCCCUCUAGGUCCUUCCGUGUUGCUGCGAAUGGCAUGAUGUCAUUCUUUUUUUACGGCUGAGGAACAUUCCAUCAUGUAUAUGUACACACACGCACGAACGCACAACACUUUUUUGUCCAUUCAUCCAUCAGUAGGCACUUAGGUUGCUGCUAUAUCUUGGCUCUUGUGAAUAAUGCUGCAGUGAACAGAGGAGUACAUAUAUCUUUUCUGAUUUCUUAUUUGUUGUUGUUGUUUUGUUUUGUUUUCUUUAGAUAAACACCAAGAAGCAGAACUGCUGGAUCAUAUGGUAGUUCUAGUUUUUCUCUGUCGAGGAAACCCCAUACUAUUCUCUACAGUGUCUACACCAAUUUAUAUUCCCACCAACAGUGCAUGACGGCUCCCUUUUUUCCUCAUCCUCGCCAAGAUUUCCCCUUCGUUGUCUGCUUCAAUAAUAGCCAGUUAAUAGGCAGGAGGAAAUAUCUCGUUGUGGUCUUGACUUUUCUUUUCCCUGAUGAUUAGUGGUGUUGUGCAUCUUUUAAUGGGCCUGUUGGCCAUCAGUAGAUCUUCUUUGGAAAAAUGUCUAUCAGGGUUUGGGCCCAUUUUUGGUCUGUUUUU